CGCAACUCUGCUCCCUCUGUGCUCUCUCGAUUUUGCCUCUAGUUUCUAUUAAGCUAAUUGAUCCCACAGAAAAAGUAAGCUUGGAUUAGUGUUGAAACUUGGGCGGACGAUGGAGUGGAGUAUCGACGAUGAUGUCUUGGAUUAUCGAGUCACGGCCAAGGGGGAGGUGGUCAUAACGAGCAUAAACUGCAACUUCGAAUUCGCCUUCAACUGUCCCAACUUCUCCGAUCGCGUGCUCCGCAUCGAGGUCGUGGGGAAGCCUCCCGAGGGUGAGGUUGGCAUCGAGCGGAACACCCAUCAUAAGCGGCAAAGUGAUGAUGACAUCACAGAGAAAGGUGAUGAUUCUGAUCUUGUCCUCAGAGUCAAUUCCAUCUACGUUAAUUCUGCUAUACUUGCUGUAAGAAGCCCUUUCUUCUUCGAGCUUUUCACGACCGGCAUAAAAGAAUCUCAUCAGCAGCGGCAUGUAACGUUGAGAAUCAACGCAUCAGAGGAAGCUGCUUUCAUGGAGCUCUUAAGUUUUAUGUACAGAAGCGAGUUGUCAGCUACCUCACCCACCCUCGUCGUAGAUGUGCUGAUCGCUGCUGACAAGUUUGAGGUCGCUUCUUGCGUGGGGCGUUGUGUUAAGCGGCUUGCACAUUUACAUAUGACCACAAAGUCUGCACUACAAUAUCUGAAUCUCCCUUCUCGUGUUUCCAUGGCCCGAGCAGUCCAGCCUUUGGCAGACGCCGCCGAGGAGUACCUUUCCAAUCGGAACAGGGACAACACUAAUAUGCUAGAUGAGGAUAUUGAUUUAGAAAUAUAUGCAUAAAAUUUGUAAUAUGUUAUAUAUGUUAUGCAGAAAACUUUUAAUGUUA